AUGUCAGCUAAUAACAAAAUCAUGGCUAUUUAUGUUGAUCAUACCGGAAAGUACUUUGGAUUUGGAUCUAAACUUUAUUUUAAUGAUAAGUGUAUAUAUGAAUUUGAAAAGUCAGUUAAACAAAUUAAGUCAUAUAAAGAUUUUAUUGGUUGUUGUUCAUAUGAUGGAACAUGUGUUAUUUUGAAAAAUAACAAAGUUUUUGAAAUAAUUGAAGGCCCUGACACUGAAAUAAAAGGAAUUGAUUUUUAUAAAAAUUACAUGGCUCUUGCCAUAAGGAAUGGUUCUGUUUGGAUUUUGAAAAAUUUUGAAAUAUUUAAAAUAUUAGAAUAUCACAAUCAAGAUGUAAAGGGUGUGCUUUUUUACCAAGAUUACUUAAUAAGUUACUCUUUUGAUAAAUCUAUAAAAAUUAUUUUAUUAGAAAAUUUUAAACUAGAAAGAACUAUUAAAUGUGUGGAUGUUGUAUUAAAUGUAAUGGUUAUUAAUAAUAUUUUGAUUGCUGUUUUGCAAAAUGGAUGUGUGGAAAUUUAUGAUACAAAUAAUGAUUAUAUGCUUAUUCAUACGCUUAAACUUAGUUUAUUUCCAAUUUUAUCAUCUUGGAGUGAUAAAAACUUCUUUUUUAUUUGUAAUAGAAAUGUCUUAAUUGAAAUGGAUUCAAAAACAUUAGAAAUUUUAUAUGAAAUUGAAUUAAGUAAAAAAGAUAUUGUUCUAAGUGGUUGUUGUUUCAAUAAUGAAUGUUUUUUUGGAACUGAUGAUGGUGUAUUAGGAAAUUAUAAAAUAAAAUAA